AGGAAACCGAAGACGGCACGUCUGCGAGUGUUUUCUUGUCAACGUGGAAUAAGUCAUUUGUGGGAUUACUCAGACAUUUGACCGUCCACCAGGGUUUCUGCCUCUGAAGUUAGAACGCUGUUUUAUGUGGACGUGCACUGCAACACACAAGGCUUGUUUGAAUGCACUGCUAGACCAAACCUCAGACACCAUCACACCUGAUUCACCUUCACUGUGUGGAGCUCUGCACCAGGAAUCACCAUGGCAACGAUCAGUAAUGUCUCGGAAAAAUACAAGGACAUCAUCUCCAAAAGUUCUCUGAUCCAUUCAGGAUCUCCUGCUCUAUACCAGCUGAGACCAAAGAAAGAGAGGAUCGGUACUCUGACCAGAAGGACUAUUGGUGAAAGAAAUUUGAACAAGGUAAAUAAAACCAUCUUACUUGUGGGAGAAACAGGAACAGGGAAAUCUACUCUGAUCAACACUCUGGUCAACUACGCCAUGGGAGUAGAGUUUGAUGACGACAUCUGGUUUGAGAUCGAAGAGGAGGAGAAGAGAAGUCAGUGUGAUAGUCAGACAUCAGAUGUGAUCGUGUACGAGAUCUUUGGAUUUGAAGAUAAAACUCUGCCCUACUCUCUGACCAUCAUUGAUACUCCUGGAUAUGGAGACACCAGAGGGACUGAAAAGGUUGACAUCAGUCAAAGAUUACUGGACUUGUUCAGUUCAGAAAAUGGAGUUCAUGAAAUUAAUGUAGUGGGUCUGGUGAUGAAGGCGACAGAGAAUCGAGUGACAGACCAUCUGAGGUACAUCUUCAAUUCAGUGAUGUCUCUGUUUGGAAAGAACUUGGAGAAGAACAUCGUCGCUAUCAUCACUCACUCAACUGGAAUGCCACCUAAAGCUGUUCUUGAAGCUCUUGAAGAUGCAAAAAUUAAAUGUGCCAGAGAUGAGAGGAAACAGCCGGUUCACUUCCUGUUGAAUAACUGCCAGAAUAAAGACCGAACACAGGGCAGAGAAUACCUGCAACAAGCUGAUAAAGUAACAAUGAGAGGAAUUAGUCAGUUCAAAGACUUCCUGCAGACAUCCAGACCUCAGAAGCUGAUGACAACAGUUGAAGUGUUGAAUUCACGCAUCAGACUGACGGCCUGCAUCCAAAACCUGGAACAGAGAAUUGAGUUGAUUGAACUGAAACAGACAGAAAUCAAACAGACUCAGGAAGCUCUGAAGAAACAUGAACAUAAGAUGAAGAAGAAUGAGAAGUUCACUGCAGAAGUGGAUGAGGUCUACAAAGAGAAAGAACCUAUCAAAGGUGGGAUGUGGUUGUUUUUUUAUGAAGGAGCUGUGACCUGUGAAGUCUGUAAAGAGAACUGUCACUAUCCAGGAUGCACAAUGGCCUGGAGUCCUGGACACUGUGAGGUGAUGAAAGGAGGCAGCUGUAUUGUUUGUACCAAGAAGUGUCCUGUAUCAGAUCAUGUGAAAGAAAAGUGGAGGUUUGUGACCAAGACAAGAAAAGUUCAGAGGACUCUACAAGGCAUGAAAGACAAGUACGAAGAGAAUAAAGCAGAAAGUGAGAAGAAGUCGAGCCUCCUGGAAAAUCUAGAAAAGGAAAUGGAAGAGCUGACGGCCAACAAAGAUCAGUACCUUGAAGAGUCCUACCAACAUGUCGUCAGUCUGGGUCAGAUCGCCCUCAGGGUCGAUUCACUGUCCUCUCAUGGUCACUUGGACUUCCUGAUUCAAAAGAUGAAGGAGAGAGGAGACACAGAGAAGCUCCAGAGACUGGAGGAGAUGAAAAUUUGAGUGGAUGAAGAGUCAGAGGAGGAUUGUGGUACGGUUAUAGAAGUAGUGAUGUAGGUGAAGGACAUCACCAUGAAGAGUCAGACAGACAACACGACCAUUUGAUGAUGAUUCUGUCUUUCUGUGGUUUGUGACCAGAUACCUGCAGAACUAAUGACAUUCCCACCAGCUUGACUGGAUGCUGUGUUUACUUCUCGUUAGUAAACGUUAGCAUGCUAAAUUGCUAAACUGAAAUGUUCCUCUGUCUCUCAAUUUGAAUACUUCCGUACUCACCCUUAGUAAUAUGAGUGCAUAAGUGCGUUGUCACUGACAAAUAUGGCAACACACACAAUGAGUACGCCUACCUGGAUGGUUCUGCUCGAGGUUUCUGCCUCUUAAAAGGAAGUCUGU